CAAAAGUAUACAGGUUGUAGCGGUUUCUUUGAAAAUUGAUCAUCCUUUUUGAUUCCCAAAUUAAAAUUGUAUUUACCACUAUGGCAGGAGAAAAUAAAGAAAAUGUUGACGUUGACACUGAAGCAGAAAUGGAGGAAUUUGCAAUGCAUUUCGAGGUAAAUCGUUUGGAUUCAUUUAAAGACUGGCCAUUCCAAGAAGAUUGUUCAUGUGUUCCACAAAAGCUUGCUGAAGCAGGAUUCUAUCACAUACCUAGUGAGCAAGAACCAGAUGCUGUCAGAUGUUUUAUGUGUCAAAAGGAGCUUGAUGGUUGGGAACCAGAUGAUGAUCCAAUGAGUGAGCAUCGAAAGCAUGCACCCAAGUGUAAUUUUCUGAAGCACUGGAAACCAGAAGAAGAGUACACCGUUGCUGACUUUGUUAAGAGCAUAUCAGAACGCCAACAAGCAAAAAUGAAACGUCUGCUAGAGACAAAGACAAAAGAAUUCCAGAAACAAGCUGCAGAAGUCCGGAAACAGAUGGAACUGCUAAAAUGAAAUGCACCAAAGGCUCCUUUACAUUUCAAAGUGAACGUUUUGCUUCAUAUUACACAAAUACAUGUGUACCAGGCUCUGAGAAAGUAUAGUGGGAAUAAUUCAUGUGAGGUUGGACUGGCAUGCAAGUACUAUUUUUAUUUUCCAAGAAAAUGUAAUAAUAUUGUCAAUCCAACAGAGGAUGAAUAAUUCCCAUUUUUCAAAAGAAACACCUGUGUAUUUGUUUUAUAUCCCUAUUUGAACAAUAAAUCUUGUCCCGUUUGUCUGUUUCCCCAUUCUGAACCAAAUUCACUCAGCCACUGCAGAAUCUAUCAGUCUCUGCGCCACUACACCGCAGGGGGUAAGGGUUUUCCAACUUAACUAGAGACAACUCGCUGUUUGCUGUGCCCAAGGUUCAGCUUUAGCCCCAUAAAGUUUUUUACACAAAAUAUAGUGGACAUAUAUUUUUUUGUCACAUAAGCAUCAACUGACCAAUCACCUAAUUAGAAUACUCAUGAUAUGAGAAAUAAUGACACUUUUAAGAAUU